GGUACAACUGUUCAGUCACAGACUGUACAGUCAGGGUUACUGUCAUAAAGUUCGGUCUAUUUACAACAUUUUCUGUUCAGUUGCUUUUCCCUGAGCACAUUAAAUAUGUUUCAACGUUUCUUUGGAUUUGUUUAUCUCUCUGCAGUUUCACAGCUUGUGAAUCUCACAGGUACACAAGCUGAAUGUCCUGUUCAGCUCAACCCACAGAGAGCUGUUGUGAGAUACGGCGGUUCUGUAGCAGUUAACUGUAGCUCUUCAGUCCCACAUAAAGGGAUGGGAUGGGAAGCCAGUGAGGGAGCAGUGCCCAUGACCGGAGACAGUCUGAUCACAUGGAGAGUGUCAAAUCUGAUAGAAUGGGACAUAGAGCCAUUCUGCUACAUAAACCAUGAGAAACAGUGUCAAGUAGAGCUCCCAGUCACUAUUUACAAGACUCCAGACAGUGUGUCCAUCAGCAUUGUGAAUCACAGAGGACCAAUGAUAGAGGGAAAGCAGUAUGAGCUCCAGUGUGAUGUUCACGAUGUGGCUCCUGUUCAGAAUCUCACUGUCAAAUGGUACAAAGGACAGACUCUGCUGAAUCAAACCACCUUCAUUGACGCUAGCAAGACUCCAGUGAAUGAAACCACCACACUCCUGAUCCGUCCAGACAGAGCUGAUGAUGGAGCUCAAUACAGGUGUGAAGCAGAGCUGGAACUGGGAGCAGAAGGACCUCAACCUCCUCCAAAAGAAACAUCAGGACGCCUUAAUGUUGAAUUGAACUAUAAACCAAAACACUUAAAUUCAACAGAAACCAUCAUUAAAAACGACGAGGUUACGCUAAACUGUACAGUGAAGGCAAACCCGGCUCCUAUGUACACAUGGCACUCAGAGCAUCUGAAAGAGGAGAUCAGCUUCUCAGUGCUCCAGGCCUCCACAGUCCUCCUCAGUCCAGGAAACUACACGUGCACCGCCACAAACUCUCUGGGAAGUGACAGCAAAGUGUUCAUCAUCAAAUCUACAGGCAGUCGUCCCACAUUCUGGACUGUUCUUAUAUUCUUCCAGUUGCUGGUUGCAUUGAUCAUUGUCCUUUACGACCUGUGCGACUUCAGUCUGCCAAUUUCAACUAUUUUCAUCAAAAUGAAAACUAAUCUCUUAUGGUUUCUCGGUCUGUACAUUAUCGGAAUAGUGUCAGGUGACAGUUGCUCGCUAGAGAUAUCUCCCUCCAGAAUAGUGGUGAAAUUUGGGGAUCCAGUGUCGGUCAGCUGUGUGGCCUCUCGCCCAGUACGCGUGCUGGGAUGGGAAUCGGUCAUUGCCGCAUCGCACACUCAGAAUGACCUCAGCGUUCAGUGGCGGGUGGACAGUUUGACUGACUGGAUUGAAGAGCCAAUCUGCUAUGGUGUUUUUUUCACUGCACCCAGACAGUGUGAGGAAAAACUCAACCUUGUUCUAUACAAGAAACCAGACAGUGUGUCCAUAAGUUUAGUGAAUCACAGCAGUCCAGUGGAGGAAGGAAGAGAGUACCAUCUACAGUGUGAGGUGCAGAAUGUCGCACCUGUCCAGUACCUUGUUUUACGUUGGUACAGAGGAAAAACUGAGGUUUACAAUCACUCAUUCUCAGAGUUAUCACCUGCAACACCAGUCCAGGUGUCCUCCACCUUGCUGAUUGUCCCAAACAGAGCUGAUAACGGUGCUCAGUACAGGUGUGAAGCAGAGCUGCAGCUGGGAGCAGAAGGACCUCAACCUCCUCCAACAGUUCAGUCUGACGUUCUCAGCAUUGCUGUUCAAUACCCGCCUGACUUCCGCAGUCCAGAGGAAGAAAUACUGGACAUCAGUGAGGAUAGUGAAAUGGUGCUGGAUUGUACUGCAGAGGGUAACCCACCUCCUGUGUAUAUCUGGACCUCCUCAAACCUUCAGGAGCAGGCUGAUAAUCAGGCUGUUUUGAGAGCUGCAUCCUUGGGCCCAGGUGUAUAUACAUGCACUGCGUCCAAUAUCCUGGGGAAAAAGAGCAAACAGUUUGUCAUCAAGCACAAAUCCAAAGGUGAGAGCAAUAAAACACACUAGAAAUGUAAAUGUUUAUGCAUUUUUCUUUGUUUUUAAAUCAAGGCAACAUGAUGCACUUAGUUACUUGAGUUCUCUCUUAAUAUUUGUCCCCGCUAAUAGUUUGUCUAACCAGUUUUAAAUUGUUCAUUCAUUAAAUGCAAAAUGUCUCUUACAAAUUCUU